AUGCUAUCCCGCCACCCCGUCACCCUCCUCCUCUCUCUCGGCCUCCUCUUCACCACCUCUUUCUCCCUCCCCACCGACCCCAAAACGCUCCUGAGCCGGGCCUCGACCUGCUCCGCCAACACGGACAAGCUCGUCGCCGGGAUAAACAAGAACAUCGAGCUCCAAAAGCAAGAGCAAGCACAACUGAAGGUCGUCACGGGCAUCGUCGAUUCUGAUACCGUGGAUCAAGCGGAUUUCGCCUCUGCGAAGAGCAAGUUUGUCGAUAUUGUGAAUGCGGGUAUUACGCAGCGAAAGGCGAAUCAACAAUUGGCUGCUGGGAACAAGGCCGCGGAUGGGUUGGCUAUUGUCGCCAAUGCUCAAGCCGCAGAACUCAAAGCCGUGACAGGCCUGACCGGUGUCGCGAGCACCGACGACGCUACAUUCGCCGCAUUGAGCGGCAUGUUCGCUGGCGGAAUCGCCCAGAACCAGAAGAAUGCCAAGGAUGCGGCUGAUGGAUGCACUGAUGCUGAUAGCACGGGUGCUACUGAUAAUUGUCAGUGA